GUGCUACAGCGAGCGGGACGAGCUGAUGAUCUGGCCAAAGCUGUCGGGGUGCCAUACUUCCUGCCGCACGAUGGCGAGCGAGGGCAUCCGCCAGCCCCGGUCGGCCAGCCCCUGAUGCUCGCGGGUCAGACCGGCGAUGGUGGUGAGCGCGUGGAGGGUGGGGGGCGGAUCGAGAGGAUCGGGUUGAUGAGUCCUCGGAACGGCCUGCCUCAGCGAGUCGGUCAGCCGAACGCCUUUUUCGAUGGUCAUGGUCUGCAGGGUCCCGCCGCCCAUGUUGGCUGCACGUCGGCCGGCAACGUGGCCCUCCACCAUGGCCACGAACACGUCCAGACACCACAUGGGGAAGCCGUAGGCAAAUCGGCCGAAGGGGUAGCAAAGAACGACAUGCGUCAGCUUCGUCAGGUAUGUCGCCCAUUCGGUGACCAAACCGAUGGUGGUCCUCUCCCAAAACGACCGCUCGUCUUUGUCGGCCGCGCUGAUGGUGAGGUGGUGCUGCUUGCGGGCGGCGUUCUGCCACGUCAGGGGCGGCAACUGCAGCUGCGUGAGCAGAGGAAUGGGUAGGAAGGCCAUGACGAUGCUGAGGAGACCGGCCUGCACACACCACACAGCACGCGGGACGGUAAGAGAUAUGCUUCAGGGUGUGCAUGCCCUCAGUGCGUCGGGGCCACACUCACCGUGUCAGCGAUUUGUUGCCGAAGGUUGCUCUCCCUAUCCUGACGUCGCUGCCGCUCCUCAUUACUCUCACCACCACCAGCAGCAGAUGCACACGCAGUCGAAGCCGCAGCAGCAGCCGGCGCGUGCACGGCCUGCACCCAUACACCCAACACACAUAAACACAGCCAACACCCGCUGGUGAAAUGCGCCAGUGCAAGCGGUGGUCUGAUGCGCCUCACCUGUCUACCCUCCUCCAUGGCUAGAUGUAGAACUGAUGCAGCGGAUUGGCCUCUGUCCGCUGCGAUGAGAACAAACUCCAAAGGCUUCUCUGAGGCGGCGGCUACUUAAGCGAUGCUCUCAGUCCCUCCCUGAUGCACAAACACACACAUCACAAUCAGCACAUGAAUGGCGAACUCCAGGACGGACGCUCGAAUGCUUCUCACUCCCUGCGAGGCGUACCAGGCACAAUGCGGGACCUCGGGCGCCCUUCGAUGCUCCCCCCCCGCCAGCCCCGAUCUUGCGAGCUCAAGAUGUUGGCGUCUUUCGCGGACGGCAGGGUCUCUAUGAGAGGCUAUACCAUCCCUCUUGGCAGAUCGCGGCUCUGCUGUGUGUUUUCUUCUUCACUCGAUCCAUCGGAAUGGACCGUCCUACCCACGCACAGGCCCCCGCGACUGUCUGCCCGUCGUCA